AUGGACAACCUCCUUACUUUCAACCUGCGGGUCCCGGUGGGAGUCCAGGUAGUCUCCCAUCUGAUAAGUGAAAACACUAUCAUGGAGCAGUUCCUCCUCAUCUUGAGCUCUACCCUCGGAGGAUGCAAGUACGAGAGAUAUCGCAAAGAGAUUGAGUCGUUCACCAAUGGCCCCCUUUCUGGGCUCAGUCGGUUUGAGCUCCAGGGCGCUCUCACCCUCUUUGCAGGCAAAGUUGCGGAUCAGAUUCUGUCGGACUUUGUGCCCGAGCUGGCUGCGCUGACUGGAAAGAACAUUCAAGAUGUCAGCAUGCCGGUGAUUGAUAACGUCGGCAAAGUCAGCACCGCGCCGUCUGAAACUACACCCGAGCCUGUCCCCGAAUCUGUCCCUGAAUCUGCCCCCGAACCUGAGCCUGUCCCCGCCGAGCCUGAGACUCCUCCGGCCGAGGUCGAGACCAAGAAGCAGCUCAACGAGUUCGCUACCAAGAACCUAGCUGGCUUUCCUCAAUUCUCUGAGGACAAGAUCCAAGAAAUUACUAGCCAGGCAGCCACGAACAUCCAGGGCAUUGCAGCCAAGUCCAACAUCCCAGCAGAGGAGAUUCCCAAGGCAGCCCAGCUAGCCUUCUACGACUUCACCAUUCUCUACGAUGACAGCGGCUCCAUGACGAGUGAAACUUCCCGUAUCCCGACGACCAAAGAUACCAUCAAGGGUCUGUACAAGGCUGCCAAGACGCUCAACCCCGACAACAAGUUCUCGAUCCGUUCUUUCGAAGGAUCAGAGUUUGAUAAUGUGACUACUGAGAAUGAUCUGAUUGGCAUCGUCUCGGACAUGACGUUUGAGACUGGUGCGAAUGUUGCCGGACCACUGAAAAGAAAAAUCCUGGACCCAUUGGCUACUGCUGCGAUAGAAAAGAAACUGAACCCCACUAUCGUGGUCAUUAUUACUGAUGGAGAUCUCGGGAGCAGCGUACCUGAAUUUAGCGCGCAGGUCAACAACUUCAAGUCACAGCUUAACAGUGUGAACAAGACUGGACCCGCUGUCUUGUUCUGUCUCUGCCGCGUGGGUAACGAUGAUUCGGCAGCACAGUCUCUCAAGGAGUUAAAUACGGCUGCAGGUACCAAGGACAUGAUCUUCUACGGUGAGGAUCCGAUCGACAACAAGCUCCAGAGCGUUGGUGGAAAUAUUGAUACUUAUGUCGGAGUGAUUAUUUCCGACUUGAUUAAAGCUAUGGAUCUUCAGACUAUUAAUUAG